CUCUCUUACUUCUUAAUUGUUUUCAUAACUAAAUUGGAUAUGCGAUUCGAUCUAAUUUAGGGUUUUAGUAUCAAUAUUAUCCCAAUUUCGUUCAUAUCACAAAACUGUUUCUGGGUUCUAAAAAGAAAAGCUCUCAAUAUCUUAUUUUUCUCUGCCACAUAAACACCUAGAAAUAACCAGAGAGAGAGAGAGAGAGCGAGAGAGAGCUAAAGGGGUUUCGAGUGAAGAUGAAGGAGAUGCAGGCAAUAGAGACGUCACAGCCGACGUUGGCUCCUCCGGCGAAGCACAGCCGACAGCUAGGAGCUCAGCUGUCGGGAAGCAUGAGUUUCAGCAGCCAAAUGUCGAAUGAAGACGAGGAGAUGUCGAGGACGACUUUGUCUGCUAUCAGGGCGAAAGAAGAGGAGAUCGAGAAGAAUAAGAUGGAGAUUAGGGAAAGGGUUCAAGCUCAGCUUGGUCGUGUCGAAGAGGAGACUAAGCGACUCGCUUUGAUCCGUGAGGUUAUUAGUUACUCUUCACCAACUUCUGCUGGAGCUGAGUGUAUUGAUUCCGACUGUUUUUGGGUUGAGCAAAGGAUUCACCGUGCUGGGCCGAGGGAGAAGAUAUACUUCAGACCGGAACAAGUGAAGGCUGCCAUCAUCACUUGUGGUGGGCUUUGUCCUGGUCUCAAUGAUGUCAUUAGACAUAUUGUAAUCACUCUUGAGAUUUAUGGUGUUAAGAACAUUGUUGGGAUUUCUUUUGGUUACAAAGGCUUCUCUGAUAAAGAUCUAACUGAAAUGCCGUUAUCAAGGAAAGUGGUACAGAACAUUCAUCUAUCUGGAGGAAGCUUGCUUGGAGUUUCACGUGGAGGUCCCAGUGUGAGCGAGAUUGUUGACAGCAUGGAGGAGAGAGGAAUCAACAUGCUUUUUGUGCUUGGUGGAAAUGGAACUCAUGCUGGCGCCAACGCUAUACACAAUGAGUGCCGCAAAAGAAAGAUGAAGGUAGCUGUAGUUGGUGUGCCCAAAACCAUUGACAAUGAUAUAUUGCACAUGGAUAAGACAUUUGGGUUUGAUACUGCUGUUGAAGAAGCACAACGAGCUAUAAACUCUGCCUACAUUGAGGCACAUAGUGCUUAUCAUGGCAUCGGCAUAGUAAAACUGAUGGGUCGUAACAGUGGUUUCAUUGCCAUGCAAGCCUCUUUAGCCAGCGGACAAGUCGACAUCUGUUUGAUUCCUGAGGUUCCUUUCAAUAUUCAUGGACCUAAUGGUGUACUGAAGCACAUGAAGUACCUCAUCGAAACAAAAGGCUCCGCUGUGAUCUGUGUAGCAGAAGGAGCUGGACAGAAUCUCCUCGAGAAAACUAAUGCAAAAGAUGCAUCUGGAAACACGAUACUUGGUGAUUUCGGUGUCCACAUUCGACAAGAGGAUGUGAAGAGAGCAGUUGUUCCGGCCAUCCUUGACGUGGGAGGAAUGGAUACGCCAAUCCCUAAUGAGCUAUUGGAUUCAGUCGACGUCUUAAGCUCGAAUGAAACUGAGCUCAGUCUCUUGACCGGAAAGCAUACUGAAACUUUUGAACAGUUUAGCCAGGCUGUUGCCAUAAGUUGGUAUAUAAUUCUUCUUUUGCACAUUACCAGUACUGAAACUCCCAGAUUUUGGUUACUGGCUUUGUGGUUUUAGGCUAUCAGUCUGAAGAAAUUGUAAUUAGGGAUGUGUAUAUUAUUAACGAAAACCACAUGUGUUGUCGUCAUCACUCAA